AUGCCCACCCCCGGUGCCGCCGCGCCCCAGCCCAAGGGCUUCCGGAGGGCCGUCUCUGAGCUGGACGCCAAGCAGGCGGAGGCCAUCAUGGUGAGAGGGCAGUCCCCGAGGUUCGUUGGGCGGCGGCAGAGUCUCAUCGAGGAUGCCCGCAAGGAGCGGGAGGCGGCCGUGGCGGCUGCAGCGGCCUCCUCCUCCUCCUCGGAGCCCGGGGACCCGCUGGAGGCCGUGGUGUUUGAGGAGAAGGAAGGGAUGGCCACCCUCACCCUGCUCUUCUCCCUGCGGGCUGCCAAGCCUUCCUCACUGUCUCGGGCUGUGAAGGUGUUGGAGACAUUUGAAGCCAAAAUUCACCACCUGGAAACGAGGCCGGCCCCGAGGCCCCGGGAGGGUGGCCCCCACCUGGAGUACUUGGUGCGCCUGGAGGUGCCCAGCGGGGACCUGGCCGCCCUGCUCAGCUCCCUGCGCCAUGUGGCGGAUGACCUGCACAGCGCGAAGGAGGACAAGAUCCCCUGGUUCCCAAGGAAAGUGUCUGAGCUGGACAAGUGUCACCAUCUGGUCACCAAGUUUGACCCUGACCUGGACUUGGAUCAUCCGGGCUUCUCGGACCAAGUGUACCGCCAGCGCAGGAAGCUGAUAGCAGAGAUAGCAUUCCAGUAUAAGCAGGGCCAGCCCAUUCCCCACGUGAAGUACACUGCAGAAGAGAUCGCCACCUGGAAAGAGGUCUACACCACGCUGAGGGGGCUCUAUGCCACCCACGCCUGCCGGGAGCACCUGGAGGCCUUCCAGCUGCUGGAGCGCUUCUGCGGCUACCGCGAGGACAGCAUCCCGCAGCUGGAGGACGUCUCCCGCUUCCUGAAGGAGCGGACAGGCUUCCAGCUGCGGCCUGUGGCCGGCCUGCUGUCUGCCCGGGACUUCCUGGCCAGCCUGGCCUUCCGUGUGUUCCAGUGCACGCAGUACAUCCGCCACGCCUCCUCUCCCAUGCACUCGCCUGAGCCGGACUGCUGUCAUGAGCUGCUCGGGCAUGUGCCCAUGCUGGCCGACCGGACCUUUGCCCAGUUUUCCCAGGACAUUGGCCUCGCAUCCCUGGGGGUCUCGGAUGAGGACAUUGAGAAACUGUCCACAGUGUACUGGUUCACUGUGGAGUUCGGGCUGUGCAAGCAGAAUGGAGAGCUGAAGGCCUAUGGUGCGGGGCUGCUGUCCUCCUACGGGGAGCUCCUGCACUCUUUGUCAGAGGAGCCUGAGAUCCGGGCCUUUGAUCCCGACACGGCUGCCGUGCAGCCAUACCAAGACCAGACCUACCAGCCGGUCUACUUCGUGUCGGAGAGCUUCAGCGAUGCCAAGGACAAGCUCAGGAGCUAUGCCUCACGGAUCCAGCGCCCCUUCUCGGUGAAGUUCGACCCCUACACGCUGGCCAUCGACGUGCUGGACAGCCCCCGUGCCGUCCAGAGCUCCCUGGAGGGCGUCCAGGACGAGCUACAGACGCUGGCCCAUGCGCUGAGUGCCCUUGGCUAG